CGGAACCUUCGUGUUGUCCCCUGAGGUUUCGGUCGGAAGGUUUAAACCAGGACGCUGAAACAUAACUUUGAAGACGCCGUUAAAUCUCAAUCUGCGCGAGGAAGAUGGGCACCAAACAGGUGACCUGCAGGUACUUCCUCCACGGCGUGUGCAGAGAGGGCAGUCGCUGUCUGUUUUCACAUGACCCGAAUACCAGCAGACCAUCAACCAUCUGCAAGUACUACCAGAGAGGAAACUGUGCCUACGGAGAGCGCUGCAGGUACGACCACAUCAAACCGUCAUCCAGAGGGGGAGGAGCCUCAGACACACAGACAGCUGGAGGAGGAGGAGCUGGGGGUGGGGCUUCACUUAGAGGUGGACCAAAGAAGACACUGGUCCUCAGAGACAGAGCUCUCGGUGCAGAUGGUGUGUUUGUGGCUCCAUCUGACCACUCGUCCUCAGAGGUCUCUGCGGUGGCGGCAGCAGCAGCAGCGGCUCCUCACUCGUACGUUGACGCCAUCAGGUCGGGUUUGGAUUCUUCAGAGCUGGAAGUAGCACCUCCCCCAGAAGGCGGGGCUUACCUGGACCUGCCCCAGUUGUGUCCCUACGCUGCUGCUGGACACUGCUACUAUAGAGACACCUGUCCAUAUCUCCAUGGCGAUGUGUGUGAGGUGUGCGGGCUACAGGUGCUCCACCCCCACGACGCGGAGCAGAGGAGAGCGCACAAAAAGAUGUGUCUUCUGGCCUUCGAGGCCGACAUGGAGAAGGCGUUUGCAGCUCAGCUCAGUCAGGAUAAGGUGUGUUCGAUCUGUAUGGAGGUGGUGGUCCAGAAGGUGAACCCCUCAGACCGCCGGUUUGGGAUCCUGUCGUCAUGUUGUCACACCUUCUGUUUGUCCUGCAUCCGACAGUGGCGCUGCACCAGGAACUUCAGCAACAAGAUCGUCAAGUCGUGUCCAGAGUGUCGGGUCAUCUCGGAGUUUGUCAUCCCGUCCGUUUAUUGGGUCGAGGAUCAGAGCGACAAAGACCACCUGGUGGAGCUCUUCAAGUCUGGGGUCAGUAAGAAGGCGUGUAAGUACUUCGAUCAGGGACGUGGAUCGUGUCCAUUCGGAGGGAAAUGUCUGUACCUUCAUGCCUUCCCCGAUGGAACCCGAGCAGAACCAGAGCGGCCGCGCAAACAGCUGGGCUCAGAGGGGAACGUCCGGUUCAUGAACAACGUCCGACUCUGGGACUUCAUCGAAGAGCGCGAGCAGCGUUCGGCUCCACCCCUCCCCUCCUUCGACGAUGACCUGACGGAGCUCCGAGAGCUAUUCAUGCAGAUGUCGGGACCAAGCCAAGACGAGACCGCGCCCGGUGCCGACGAGUAAAGACUGUGCUGUCUCCAUGGUAACAGCAGGGCAGCCAUGUUUGACAUCAAUAUUAAACUGUGUUACCAUUGCGAUGUGUCUUGGUCUCAGUAACUUAGACGUCAUGUUCACAUCAGAAAACACCUUAUUUAUUGUGUACAUAAGUAAAUACACGGAUGUCACAGUGGGA